UGGUAAAUAUGUUUUCCUUUACAAUAAAAUAGUUUAAAUAUAUGUACCACUCUGAGGUAACACUAUUAUUACUUACUCUAUUUAUAUUAUAUUUAAAAUACUUUUUGUGCAAGAUUACCUUAGAUUAGUAAUAAAGAAAAAGUUUCAUGUAGAUGAAAAAAUGACAGCAAAUGUUUCCACUCCAAUAAAAUACUUAUUUUUAUAACCUACAAAAUUUGACAUUUCUCCAAACAAACGCUCGAACGGAAAACAAAUCGCGAAAAUCGUAUUAGAAGUGUAAAUAUUCUUCCAUAAUCCAGUAUUUUGAAGCAAAAUGUUACCGCUUUCAUUAUUACGGACAGCACAGAACCACCCAAUGCUAGUAGAAUUAAAAAAUGGUGAAACAUACAACGGGCACCUUGUUAGUUGUGAUAAUUGGAUGAACAUCAACUUGAGAGAAGUUAUUUGCACAUCACGAGACGGAGAUAAGUUCUGGAGGAUGCCCGAAUGUUAUAUCCGCGGCAGUACAAUCAAAUACCUUCGAAUUCCCGACGAAGUCAUCGACAUGGUGAAAGAAGAGACCCAGGUCAAAGCCAGGGGUCGUUCUGAAACCUCGAAAGGCCGUGGUGGUCAGAACAUGAGGACAGGCCGCGGUGGGAGUCGAGGAGCUUUCGGAAACCGCGGAAGACCCGCGCCAUUAGCAAGAGGAGGCGGGAACGCGCGGCCACAGAAUAAAAACAAGAAAUAAUUUUAAGUAUAUAUUUUUUAAUAAAUUAAGCACUUUGUAUAAGGAUA